AUGGGCUCAAUUCAAGUCGAGAACUACGAUGCCAUCAUCAUUGGCGCCGGUCUAUCCGGCAUAUGCAGUCUAUACCACCUGCGCCAGCGCUCCCCAACCUGGCGCAUCCGAGUCAUCGAAGCCGCUGAAAGCGUCGGUGGCACCUGGUACUGGAACCGUUAUCCCGGUGCUCGAGUCGACUCCGAGUCCCUGUCCUAUGCCUUCUCCUUUGACAAGGAGUUAGUGAACGAAUGGCAUUGGAAGGAUUCGUUUGCGACGCAAUCGGACAUCCUCCGGUAUAUCGAAUACAUCUUCGAAAAGCACGAUCUGGCCAAAAAUAUCCAGUUCCAAACACGUAUCAAGUCUGCCCGCUGGCAGGACAGUACCCGAACUUGGCUUCUCACAGAUGAAACUGGCGCGCAAUACCAGAGUCGAUUUCUUAUCAGUUGUAUGGGAUUCCUGUCCUCGCCUUCUCUGCCCAAGAUUAUGUUGAAGCAAAAGCCUAUUCGCUCCGUUAUCGAUGGCAGGCCACCUCAGCGAGGGUCGAUCGUCAACUUCUCUUCUAUUCAGGGCUUGGUUGGAAUCCUCUUGUCGACGGCGUACACAACUACCAAGCAUGCGGUUAUCGGUCUGACGCGCACUGCAUCGGAGGACUAUGCGAAGAAUGGGCUACGCAUUAAUGCGAUCUGCCCGGGAUAUACGGAGACGCCGCUCACCACCAAGUCGCCGGAGAUCUUGAAGGCGAUGAUGGAGCGUGUGGAUACUGCGGUGCCUAUGGAGAGGAUGGGGAGGCCGGAAGAGAUUGCCGACGGUGUGUUGUAUCUGUGUGGAGGUCGAAGUUCAUUUGUGACCGGAACCGCGUUGAGUGUGGAUGGUGGUUAUGUGCAACGGCAGAUUGGCGCUGUAAAUAGGCCUAACCCUUCGAGAGUCAUGCAAAUUUUGAAGGAAAGCACUGGUUACGGUCAUAAGUUCAAGCGCCUGCCACCUUGGUAA